CCGGCUCGGCGCGCUCACCAUGGCGGGCCCCGCGCCGGGGCGGCGACUGGUCGCGCUGGCCCUGAUCGUGGCGCUGGCUGCGGGGCUCCCCGCAGCCGAGGCCGGGCAGGCGCCGCGUCCCGCCGAACGGGGUCCCCCGGUGCGGCUCUUCACGGAGGAGGAGCUGGCCCGCUACGGCGGGGAGGAGGAAGAUCAGCCCAUCUACAUGGCAGUCAAGGGGGUGGUGUUCGAUGUCACUUCUGGAAAGGAGUUUUAUGGACGAGGAGCCCCCUACAACGCCUUGACCGGGAAGGACUCCACCAGAGGGGUGGCCAAGAUGUCCCUGGACCCUGCAGACCUCACCUAUGACACCACGGGCCUCACGGCUGAGGAGCUGGAAUCCCUGGACGACGUCUUCACCAGAGUGUACAAAGCCAAGUACCCGAUUGUCGGCUACACGGCCCGAAGAAUCCUCAAUGAGGAUGGCAGCCCCAACCUGGACUUCAAGCCUGAAGACCAGCCCCACUUUGACAUAAAGGACGAGUUCUGAUCGGCAGGAGCUUGGCCCUGGGAAGGCGAGGCGGGGAGACCCUCCAACACAAGAUCUUCUGCAAAACAGGCAGUCGGAGCUCCGGGUCACCACCGGCUCUGAAUAAAGUACACGUUUCACCUGGAAUGCUGAAUGGCUCUCAUCGCCCUGGGUCAAGUGUUCUGUUCACCCAGGUGCCCUGCCUGCACGCCAGCCAGGGAGGUCAUGGGGGCCGAAGGGGGACGCCUCCUAGGUGUCAGCAGGGGCUUCGUGGGCAGUGGAAUUACAGGUGGCCUUCUUCUUUAUAUUGUUCUAUACUUGUCAGAUUUUCUCCUGUGGCCGUGUGUACUUAAAGCACCAAAAUAAACUUCCUGUUUUCACGAAAGGAGAA